GAUCGCACAAUUGAUCGACUUGUGCCGAUAAAUGGGACUCCGGACUAUUUCUCAGCUCAUCACCUGCUCAUAAGGAGAGAUUAUGUUCACCUUGGUUUUUCAGUUUCCUCUGAUCGCAGUCCUUGUAACAGCAGGUGCCAGUGGCCAGACUGUUCACACGGACAGUGACCGGUCAGGCUUUGUGGGCACUCAGGCAGAGCUGCGUUGUAAUUUUGCCAACAGUAAACCACCAGUGAAGAUCUCCCAGGUCACCUGGCAGAAGUCUGUCAAUGGCACCAAGCAGAAUGUGGCCAUCGCCAAUCCAGCUCUGGGGGUGUCUGUGUUACCAGCUUUUAAAGACCGUGUGAGGUUCAAGAACCCAGCGGUUCGCCAAAGAACACCUUCAUUAGAGGACACAACCAUCAUCUUCAAUAACCUGAAACUGUCUGAUGAGGCCACCUACAUCUGCGAGUACACCACCUUUCCUGCAGGCAACAGGGAGAGCAUGGUCAAUCUCACUGUUUACGCUCGACCGAUGGUCCAGAUGAGUUUGUCCACACCCACCAUAGUGGCAGGAUCGAAGGAUAUUAAAAUGACCGUUGCAACAUGUAUCUCAGCUAACGGGAAGCCCCCUGCUGUGAUCACGUGGGACACUGAAUUAGAUGGUGAAACGAACACUGAGGAGAUCAGGAACCCUGAUGGGACUAUAACAGUGCGCAGUGACUACAUCAUGACGCCCAGUCGAGAAGCACACGAACAGCGGCUUACCUGCAUCUCAACCUACAACAAUGAUCAGCAGACAGACAACGUUAUUCUCAACAUACAAUAUGAGCCAGAAGUGAGCAUUGAGGGCUUUGAUGGAAACUGGUAUAUAAAUAGAGAGAAUGUUCAGCUAACUUGUUUGGCUGAUGCGAAUCCAGCCAUUUCUUCAUUCCAGUGGAGAUAUCUAAACGGCUCGAUGCCGAAUACAGCUGAGCAGCGUGAGGAGACACUCAUCUUUAAGGGUCCUGUAACCUACGAGAUAGCGGGGACCUACAUGUGUGAUGCCACCAAUAGUAUUGGGACAGGAUCCGCAUCAGUCGAGGUGCUUAUAACAGAAUCCCCUCAGCCACUGAACGCAGCUGGGAGGGUGAUGAGUGUCCUUGGAUGGGUGAUUGCUCUUGGCAUUGUCCUCAGUGUAGCCGCCGUUGUAUUCAUGGUCAACAGACAGCAGAGGAAGAAGCAAAGUGAAACCGACGGUGACUCGGCCGGUUCUUCUCCUGCCCGUAAAAAGCCUUCUUCGUUUCAAAAUAAGCCAGCGGAUGACUUCCAGAACCAGGGCCAGAUAUACGACGAGCUUCCAAACCCAGCUGAUUAUGUCAGUUAUCGUCUGGCGUGUGAUAAGAAUGGCUUUCCAGAGCAACACUCUCCACCCAUUCAGCCGCCACUCACAUUUCUGCCCCAGCACCCAUGCGCCCAGGGCAGCAGGUUUACCUACACGACACCACCUGGACCUAACACUUCCUUCACCUUCCCUAAAGAACAGUAUGUAUGAGUUGGAUGUUGAGCUGUGAAAUGCUGAUAUCACCACUGGGUUUUGGCAUGCAUAUGCAAUAAUUUGGGGAAGGGAUGAGCAUCUGUCUUCACUGUAACAGACAUUGCUGCUGAUGAUGAUUCUUUGACACUUGAAGUGUAGCCUUUCAUCAGGAUUCAGGUGCAAUGUACAUUUUAUAAUGAGGUUGGUACUGGGGGUUAAAAUUCAUUUAAUUGACUUAUAGUCAUUAUUAUUUAUUAGUAUUAUUUAUUUUUGUUUUUUAGCAAUGAUAAAAAUUCAGUGUAGUCAAAUAUUUCAUUAAAUAUGUCACAUUGUUUGUUACUUUUCACCACCUGUAUUUCAUGUUCUGGGACUUCUGUGAAAUAGGUCUUCACCAGCCUCUCUUAUUCUCUCUUGAAGUUAAUAAAAAAAAAAACUGCAGUUUGUUUUGUUUAUAAGAAACAGCGAACUGUAAAGUAUGCAGCCCUUGAGACUUUUCCCAAGUCAGAAAACUUUACCUCUGACUGUUACAAAGCACUUACACUGAAGACUGCUACCUGUUUGUUGUUAUUAUGCAAAAGAAAAUUAUAUUAAACAAGCACAUUAACGUGAACCUGUCAUUUGCCUUGCUGUUAUAGGAAAUGAAUCAAAACUGAAAUUAAUCAGCACUGUGAUAUAGACAUAGCCUAUUCAUUUGUUAUAUUCUUUUGUACAUAUUCCCAUUGUGCAUAUAAGGCACAAUAGGCCAUUUGAUAAUACAUUUACAUUCCUUAUUUGUGUAAAGUUUGAUUUUUAUGCUAAUAUAUUUUAGAAAUAUAACCCACAACCAAAGUUUUUGAAUCACACCACUAAACAUAACUUACUACAUGCAUUUAGUUAAUCAUUUGUUUUUUUUUUAUAAAAAAAUUCAGAAUUUCUAAAAUCCUGAGUUAAUUAUAUUCUUAAAAUCUAAAGAACUAUUUUGAACAUGUUUUACUUAUAGCAAAAUGUUGAUAGACAAAGAAACAAAAAAAUCUAAUUCUUGUAGACAUUGUGCUGUAUAUACAUACCAUCCCAUUCCAUUGUGUGUCUGUGUUCAUUAAGAAUAUAUACUGGUGGCAUUUCUUUUUUUAAAUAAAGAA